CCAGAUGACUCAUAUGGCCUGCAGACAGCAUAGGCUGAACGUGUGUCGUGCUUACAUGUGAUGAGUAUAAGACUGUGCCUCAUAGUGUGAGUCCGUCCGCUAGUGACUCAUCGUGAACCCACCACGUGCCAAGAAGUUUGUUUUGUGUUAAGAGACUAGUUAUGGAGGCAACCAUGUACGAGGACGGGUCGUACAACAACUACUCUAAGGAAAGUGUUAACCAGAUGAAACGCAAAUUGACGCUGGAUUUCACCAGACCGUCCAAGAAACAGCGACCAGGAGGUAAUUUCAACCCACUUCUAACUUCCCCGGACCUCAACCAGCUGAAGUUAGCCUCUCCCGAGUUGGAGAGACUGAUUAUGCAGCAGGGGACCGCCAUCCUCAACAGCAACACGGUGACGACGCCCUCCCAAUUCUUCUUCCCGAGCAAAACCGCCACCGUCGAGGAGGAGGAAUUCGCCAAAGGAUUUGAGGAUACUUUGGAACAGCUGCACCACCAGGAUGCCAUCUCCACCAGCGGUAGCGGCACGGUCGUCGUGACAAGCGUGGCCCCUUCAGUGUCUUCGGCGCCCCUUCAGUAUACCCAGCUGGAUGUGCCUAUCCACCAACACCACCACGCCCACCACCCCCACCAGCAGGUUCCUGUGACGUCGGGCGCGGCCGUAUCGCUAUCGGUGAGCGAGUCCCAGCACCAUGUGGCGGCGCAUCUGGGCCUGUUGCCACCUGCGCACAUCAAGGAGGAGCCGCAGACGGUGCCCAGCGUGAGUGGCUCGCCUCCGCUAUCGCCCAUCGAUAUGGAGUGCCAGGAACGGAUCAAGCUGGAGCGCAAGCGGCUGCGGAAUCGGAUCGCGGCGUCCAAGUGCCGCCGUCGGAAGCUGGAGCGCAUCAGCCGUCUGGAGGAGAAGGUGAAAUCGCUCAAGGGCGAGAACAUGGAGCUACAGGCGGUGGUCAACAAGCUCCGCGACCAGGUGUGCUCGCUGAAGCAGGAGGUGAUGGAGCACGUCAACUCAGGGUGCCAGAUCCCCUUCGUAACGCAUCAGUGACGUGACGACGAAGCACCGUAACGUGCCAGAUCACCCACGACCGCCCGCCCGCCCGCCCGCCCACAGCCAGCCAGACCGCCCGCCCGCACGCCCGCAAUGGACCCAUCCUGGCUGGCCCGCGUGUUUGUGUGGCCCUGUGCGAGGCUAGCGCCGUACCCUCCCUACAGCAACCUGUAGGAGGCCCGACGGCCACAGUUGUACACGGAGUUGUCUGUAGAUGCCCGAGACCUGGUUUCUGUGAGAGGCAGCCAGGGGGGGCGAAUCCCGGUGAAGGCGGGAAAUAUGUUGUACCGGGGCUGGGGGUGCAGAACCACUAUACCGGGGUCGUUCUAGUCAAGUGAGCGCGUGGACUCGGCCGCCAUAGUGCGCUCGCCGCCCACCCGCGCCCACCGCACGCCCGCGACGCGAGGCGACGCCCGCGCCUAAUGUGAUAGUGCCGCGUGUAUGCAAAAAAUGUGCUAAAAUACUUCCAUUUUAUUCUUACUACUGCAGUGCUUUACCAGACACGAUUUUUUUCUAUGGAACACCCAGUCAUGGCUCAGCCGUCACUUUGUUGGUUCACAGAUCUAUUGCUGUUUCUAUUUCUUUAUGCAGUUUGAUGUACAAGGUCAGUCAGUGAUACCCCUUCUAAGUCAUGUCAAGAAUUUCGUACCUUGUGUUGUAACUAAGUAUUACCGUGAUAUGAAAGUGAAAUGUACGAAUGAAUUUUUAUAUAAAUUAUGUAUAUUUUAUAUGCAAAUGAAACUAUUUCUUGAUUUAUGCAAAAUGUGCAAAGCAAAACUUUUGUAUGAAGCUUUUCUUAUUUAUAAAAAGAAAAAUCUUAUAAAAAUUGCAUUUUACUGGUCCUUUCUCUCCUCUGAGUACAACUUCAGAUAAAGUUUAAACAAAAGCCUCCCUGUCAAAUGUUAGUUCAAGAGACAUCACAAGCCUCAAGGUCAGCUUCAGACCUAAACAAGACAAAAGCAAAGGAACAUGAGUUUUGGGCCCGAGUCCAGGCAGUCUGGCUCACUUGCUGAAAAUCAUUUGCAAAUGCACUAUUGAUCAGUUUUCAGAGCAGCUGCUGUGCUCCAGUACAUGAGAACUGUCACGUGUGCCAGCUCCCGCCCGUUACAGCCUAAAGCGGCAGAGCACAGGGAGUGGCACCUCCGAAAAUGGAGUUCGGAGUACAGUCUCGUUUUGAAUCUGUUCACAUUAUGUUACAAUCAGAAUGAUUUCUAUGUGAUUAGGAGAAAAAAAUGACAAGGAUUUGCUCAAUAUUCCUAUGUUCUUUCCAAGGAGAAUUUCUAUGUGCAAUCCAUGAAAUGAUAUUCACAUGUACAUUUUACUUGACAGAAGAGCAACAGGUUUGCAUGACUCAGUAUCACUGAUAUUACCCGAGGUAGACAAAAAUAUGUAUUAUAGUUUGAUUAAGACCAAUAGCCAAUAGUAGUAAUGAUAUGAAUUCACACUGCUAAUACAAUAACAAUUUCAAUAUUAAAGAAUAUACAGAUAUACUAACUAUAGGCUUACCAUUAUUUGAUUAUUACAGUCAAAUCACAAUAUUUUCUAAUGAUUUAACAUAUAUUAACGACUUUGUUCUAACAUGUAAAUGAUUACAAUAAUGAAAUAUAAUAAAUAACAAUAAAAGUUGUUGAAUAAC